AUAAAGCCUAUCCCGUUUGCUGAAUGUGUCACUAACAUUUUUAGCAGAAUGUGUACUUGUGGUUGUCCGAAUAGAUAGCAGAUGUUGCAAUGGUGGAUAAAAUUCACCGACGUAUUAAUCCAAAACUUGAUGCUAGAUUCAUGGAAUGGCAAUACUGAAGCCUUUCUUGCAGUCUGAUCCACUGGCGUUGCUUACACUACCACAAUAACCUUUGACUGUGUGGGCAGCGGGCAUUAUGGAGGACCUGGCUUCUCCCUCUGUCCUACCAGGACCAUCUCAUGUCCCAUGCUGGAAUCCCACGGGGCGUCAGAUCCGGAAAACGGGCACGCACGACAUCUUCCAUGGAGUGAACCUGCGGCAGCUGCGUCGCCUGUUUCAGGCUGCAGGAGAACAGGACGCUGAGCAGCGGGCCAGGAUGGUGUGGCGAGGAGACCGCGGAACGGACACAGGAGACAUGGAAGAGGAGGAUGUGCGGGCAGAGGUGGAAAUUGGUUUAGCUCAGGCCCUGGUCGGGCUCAGGGUCCGUGCACGCACCAAAAGUGGCAUAAGAGCAGAGGGUCACCGGGAUGGAAACCGAAGGACUAGACCUUCAUCAAUACAACACAGGAGCGGGGAUGCAUCAAAGAAACAGCCUGAGGAUGUUCUAGAUGUAGACGCUGAGGUGGGAUUUGGUGGAGUAUUAGAGCCGGCAAGCAGCACUGAGGGGCCGGACAUUGCACUGAGGGACACCGAGAUGGUCGAGAUCUCCAACCGUUUUGGCGCAAGAGAGAAGGAUCCCCAGCGGCACCUUCACAGGAUCCGACACUGAGAUGGGAUUACACCACAAACUGGGACAAUCCGUGUAGCCCAUUCUCCAUCAGCCUCAACCCACACUACUGUACCCUUUGUUACGAUAGCCAAGCUAAUAUGAAUGAUAGUAAUGUAGGCACUGGCGACUGGAGGAACGGGAUAGACUUUCUGUUUACUUGAACUGAGACACACUACUUCGCCUCAUUCCUCACCAUAUAACUUACAUUUUUGGGUGCCAAUGUGGCCUAGCUAAGUUUUACUUCAAUACUGAAACUGAUCUAUUAAACUUGAAACACACAUACA